AUGGACACCAAAGAUAAUAAACAGAAAGAGAGUUUACUUUCGACAACAGCCAAAGGGGCUUCGUACCUGAUUAUGCUUCAAUUUGUAUCCCGUAUGCUUACAUUUUCAUUAAACCAAAUCGUGUUACGCUAUGUUUCAAAGGACAAUUUCGGUAUUGCCUCUGUCAAUUUAGAAUUGCUAUCCUCAACCAUUUUAUUUAUCUCGCGUGAAGGGUUUCGUUCUAUCCUGAUACGUGACAACUCUAACCGACAGAAGAUUUUGAAUUUGGCUUACAUUCCAACGUGUCUCGGCCUACUGACAACAUGUUUGACAUGUUCUUACUACUUGUCCACCAUCACAGCACAAGACUUGGUGGAAAUGCCUUAUUACCGUGUUGCAGUACUUUGUUACGGGUUUGCCUCGUUUGUUGAACUACUGGUUGAGCCUUUAUUUAUCUUGGCCUUGAACAACCUACUGAUACCACAUGAAAUUGUGGAACAAGAGCGACGAUACAUGUUCGAUCCAGCUUUGCUUUAUUUGGGCAUCACCAUGACGAAACAAUCCUUAUUGAAACAUGUUUUAACAGAGGGUGACAAAAUGCUGAUAUCGAUCUUGAGCUCAAAAGAGGAUAGAGGCGUUUAUGCUUUUGUGGUAAAUUAUGGCCACAAAUGGUCGCAAGGAGAAGGCAAUGCACCAGGUGUGCUUGCGUUGUACUGUGUUUAUGUGCCUUUUAUGGGAAUUAAUGGGAUCACAGAGGGGUUUGUGCAAGCCGUGGCAACCAAAUCAGAUUUGUCAAGAUUAAGUUAUUUUAUGGUCUUAUUCUCUGUUUGUUUUAUGGCGUCAGGAUUUAUUUUCAUGUAUGUUUUCGAGAUGGGAGCAAUGGGAUUGAUAUUGGCAAAUAUGGUUAAUCUAGGUAUUCGUAUCGGAUACAGCUGGCAUUAUAUUCGCACCUAUUUCCAACCCAGUGUAACCGUUUCUGUUAAGCAAUGGUUCCCACAUGCUGCAACUGUUACUAGCUUUAUAAUGGCUUGGUCUAUCACAUUUUGGUCAGAAAAGAAUAUUGGAUGGUACACACUAAAUCAAAAGGCUACACAUAUUGCUGUUGGAGGUGUUUGCUUUCUCUUUGUUAGUAUUGUCAUGUAA